AUGGGAGGAAAGAACAAGCAACGGGGGAACGUGAAUGGGAAUGGGAACAUCGAAGAACAUAAUCUCGAGGAAACUAACAACGAUGGCACCGAUGAAAACUCAAACGAAUCAAAAGCCAAAAAUAAUAACAACAACAACAAGCAAGGUAACGUAGUGAUAGUGUUGGGAGUUCACCUUCAUUGUCAAGGUUGUGUUGAAACGGUCGUGAAAUCGCUGAGGGGAUUCGAUGGCGUCGAAGAAAUAGAACCAAACACAAAGGAUCAUCGUGUGAUCGUGAAAGGCAAAAACGCCGACCCUAUCAAAGUCGCAGAGCGUCUUAGGAAAAAGUCUGGAAAGCAUGUUGACCUUAUUUCUCCUAUACCCAAGAAACAACAAGAAAAGAAGCAACAAGAGAAGAAGCCAGAGGCACCGAAGGUGGUGGAGAAAGUGUUGAAGAUGUACUUACACUGUGAGGGUUGCGCCAAAGAAGUUAAGCAUUGCCUCCACAAGAUGCAAGGAGUACAAACUGUGAACAUUGAUAUGAAGGCAUCCCAUUCGCAUGUAAUAGUGAAAGGUAGUUUUGAUCCAAAUGAUCUAGUGGCGUACAUUAGCAAGCGAGCAGGAAGGCAUGCGGAGAUAGUGAAUGUAAAGAACAACCAAAACAAGAAUAAGAAUGAGGGAGGAGUAGGAGGUGAUCAACAACAAAAGGGGGAGAAUGAUCAUAAUUGGAAUGGGAAGAAAGAAAAAGGAAAUGAUCAUAAUAAUAAUAAUAAGAAGAACACUAAUGGGUUUGCAUACCCACAGGUUCCUCCGGAACUUGUUUAUGCGCAAGAUCUAUUUAGCGAUGAAAACCCUAAUGCAUGCUCCAUCAUGUAG